GUGUGUGUGUGUGUGUGUGUGUGUGUGUGUGUGUGUUGGUGGGCGAGAUGGUUGGGUGCAUCUAGGCUCCAUCUCUCCUCCUGGCUGGGUCCGGCCACAAUACUUCAUCCACGUCACAUGCUAUAUUCUCUCUUGCGUAUCCAACCUUGAAUGGAGGCAGUGUCAGUGUCUCCUCAUGCCUCCUCCAUUGCCUGGAGAAGUGUUAUGUUGACAUAGGGAUGACGAUCAUGCACUUUCCAGCACCAUGUGGAGAAAAAUUCCUCAAUAGGGUUUAGAAAUGAUGAAUAUGGAAGCAAGUAGACAACAGAAAAGUUGUUCAAAACCUAUAACUUGACCUUUGGCCUAUUUAUAGGCCUAUUCUAAAGCCAUGAUUGGCUGGUGUUAAGUAAAGCAAUGAGUGUUUGCACAUGUGAGGAGUUAGUGUGAGGCACUGAUGAAUUAGUGUGGCAUUUUGAUUGGUUGUGUUUGAAAAAGGAAAUCAAGAUACUUCCUGUUAGAUUUUGUGUGUUACAUAGAGAAUUGUGGGUUGUGUUUUGCAAAAAGUGUUUUAUGAAAUUGAAAAAUGAGUCAAAGGCUGAGAAUUAGUGUAUGGUUUUGCAGAUUUGGUGUGUGGUUCUGCUGCUUGAGUGUCAGGUUUCAGAAAUUGUGUGACAAGUAAGAAUUUUGUGUGUAAGCAGAUGAAAAAAAAACUGUAAAAGAAAUUAGUAUUUGACUAACAAAUUCGUUUUUAAAAUUAGAUAAUAUUUUUGUUAAAUUUAUAUCAAAAUAUUUGAGAAUGAGAAAUGAAACUGAUCUGUUUCAAGAAUCACAAUUAUUACUUAAUUCUAAUCAAUAUUAUUAAUAUUUAAUACACAUUUAAGAAACUGAGUAGGUUCACUCAAUUAAAUCAAUACACACCUCAACCAUCCCGACCAAUCAAAGCCUUAAACACACAAUUUUAAACUUUGUCCUGACAAAGAAAUAACAUUAAAAUUUAAGGGAGUUAAGGGAGUUAAAAAAAAGAAAAAGAAAGAAAAAAAAAUAGAUAGGCUAAUACUGUUGGCAACGUUGGUUUUAACCUCAGUGACUUCAAAAGCGAAACUAGCAGCAGUUCUGAGCAUGCGCGUGACAAAAUGAGAAUCUCUGGACUCGAGUCUGUGAUUUAAACGGAAACAUGUUUCACACGAUCUCGUUUACAGAUAUAUUCUUUUUAUAUGUAGUAAUGAUUUGGUUUAUGUUUCACUCUUGUCUAAGCGAUGCUCAUCAAGAGAGACACUUCCUCCACUACAAGUUUACAGUCCUGACCAAAGCAGACACAUUCCCAGAGUUCAGUGCUGAGGUUGUUGCUGAUGACAGACAGAUCAAACACUACAGUAAUGAAGAAAGAGUCUGGAUUCUGACUGAAGAUGAUCGAACUAAAGCUUCUAAAGAUCCACCUGAUUCUAGAAAAUGGUUCAUACGUCAGAUCAGGACUCUGACAAACUGCAUAGACUCACAGUGUUCUGAGCUUCAUGUUCUUCAGAGAAUAAUUGGCUGUGAACUGGAGAAACUUCCUGAUGGAACAGUGAAUCUGACUGUCUUUGAUGAAUAUGGAUUUGAUGGAGAGGAUUUUAUAUCCUUUAAUUCUGACACUAUGCAGUGGAUUGAUAAAAACCCCAAAGCCAAAGAAACUAAAGAGAAAUGGGAUCGUCAAACAGAACGAAACCAGUUCAUGAAGUAUUUCCUCAAGACAUGCAUGACCUGGAUCUCAGCGUUUAAUAACACUAAUAAGAGUUCUCCAGAUGUUCAUGUCUUUUCGAGGAAAUCUGCUGAUGAUCACAGUAAUCUGGUUCUGACGUGUCUGGCCACUGGUUUCUACCCCAGAGAUGUUCAGAUGAACAUUAGAUUGAACAGAAACAUCCUUGAGGAUCAAACAUCUUCUGGAAUCAGACCAAAUAAUGAUGAAACCUUUCAGAUGAGAAUCAGUGUGAAGAUCAACAGAAACCAUGAAGGAUCUUAUGACUGUCAUGUCAUUCACAGCAGUCUGAGAAAACCAGUAUCAGUAAAAUGGGAUGGAAAAUGUUCUGACUGUGAAUCAGAUCAUAUAUGGAUUGUUAUAGCAGGAAUAGCAGCAGUUCUAGUUCUCGCUGUGGUUAUUAUUGUGCAUGUAAUUAUGUCUGUAACUGUAAAUGAUUGCUGCAUCUACAAAAGGAAAAGGUGAGUUAUAAAUAUGCAACAUUGUUGUAAAUAUCCAUGUUUUAUUUUUUUUUCUAAAUGUAUGAACAAGGCAUGGACAGUUUUAAUCAUAUACACCAUGUGACAGUAGAAAUAUAUGAACAUUUUGAUAAGAUUUUAUUUUUUUGGAUGUGAUUAAUUAGGAAAUGGUGUAUUAUUGCAGUGAAACAUCAGAGGAUUUAAAUGCUUCUGGACACACUGACUACUGUGAAAUUACACAGCAUUAAAGCCCAAAUAUAUUAUGCAGCUGUAUGGAAAUAAGCCUAUAAUAUAAGAAAAUGUUUUCUGAUAGUGAACAGAUUAUAUGAAGGCUACAGUCCUGUUUGACCUUGACAUGUGGUCACUAUGAAAUGAGUUUUAAUGUUCAUUAUUUAUGGUUAUGCAUACCAAUAGUGAGAGUUUGAAAGUGUGUGUUUUAAAAAAGUAAAUAUAUAUAUAUAUAUAUAUAUAUAUAUAUAGACUAUUUAAAUAGGCUACGUUUUUACGACUGACUUUUCACACAACAUGUGACUGCAGGAAUAAAGACGAAAGUGUAAUUUCAUAAAGCAGCCAGUGAGGGGCGGCAAUGCACUCAAUACAACUGAAGAGACUUUGGUGUGAACUUUAACUUUCUCAUUUAGUGUAGCCUAGAUCUACAGGACGUGCUACUGAAAUAUGAAUGUGAAAAAUGGCUAAUACGCUGUUUUAAAAAAAAAUCUGCAUAGAUAUAAAUAGGGGUUUUUGGUAGGCCUGUUAUUGUUUUGCCCUUUCCUAUGGAAGCUUGUUUCUGUCACGUCUGUUCUGCUACUACAGCGUGAAUGAAUAAAUUAACGAGUGUUUUACCUG